AUAUUACAUGGCCCCUCCGGGUGUUGAUCUAAAUUGAGUGCACCGUUGAACUGUCCACUGGUCAUGCUCGCAGUGUGCAGUUGGACAGUGAGUCGCGGAUUGUCUCUAGACAUCAACUUCAUUUCUUUCAUCCUAUGUGUUCGGUGUUACUAGACAUGUUGACUAAACACACGAAUUGCUGAGAAAAUGCGGAUGUCGUGGUAGAAUUGUCAGGAUUCCUAGUGAGGAGUUGGUCUUCGUCACGUUGGGAGGCACCUGCAUCAUUGUUCUUAUACAGGUUUCGAUUGGCGUGUUGAGUAGGACCAGAGGAGAUGGUGAGAAUUUGCGCUGUCCGGACGCUUUGUGUAAGGAUUGAGUCGCCUUCUUCCUUCUCCUGUGUUUCUACUCUACAUGUUCUCAUCAUAACGGAGUCUCCUCACCUGAUCACCGUGACGUAAUGUGCAUUGCGUCUUAUGUUCUGAAAUUAAUCUUAACCUGACGAUUUCUGGGGGAAUUUUGACAACUCGUGUGCUCUGCGAGAAAGCUGUAUAUUCUAUAGAGAGCUGCAGCUUAGUAGCGACCAUGGCCUUCUGCCCUUCCUCUCUCAUCUAGGAUAGCGAAGGUUCACAUGUGCGUAGUCAUUCCUACUUUUCUCACUGGAAGACCGAAAUCUGGGCAACACAAGUCUGACAUUGUCGAUAUGUAACCAGCACGUCCAUUCUUCGCCAAUGUCUUGCAAUACUUCAGAUGUGACGUAACGAUGAUAGUUUGAUGUGUGAAGACUUUAUCCACCAAGUACCUGUCUUGACGUAUCCAUGUGGUGCACCCUCAUGUUUGAUCACAUUUGACAUUUAACCAUACUAUUUGUCUUUUCCA